AGAAGAUACCGGUCGCGUGAAGAGGUUGUACUAGUUUUAGUAUGGACGGGAACCAGAAAAAGGUUCAACUUUGUAGCGUGAAGACUUACGGAUGAACAGAGCAUCGUAUCCGUUGUGUACGACCACUUGUUUUAAAACCACAAAAUCGAAACUCGCCCCAAUCGAUUGAAAAGCGCGACUUCAAGCAGUGUAGGAGUUUUUUGUUUUUGUGAUCGACGCAUCGAAAAAACCGCCGCAUUUUAGCUCAUUUUCCUCUCGAAGUUUGACCGCUUGUUGAGACCACGAACUCUUCUAUUGCGGCACUUCUGCAGAACAGUUUCAUCUGGUUACUUAUUUGCAGGGUACCUGUUUGUCCUCCUGAAAAAACUGUUUGUCUGUAGGCCCAGUGGUUCUUGUGUGCUGCUGGCCGUGUCGUGAUAUAUUAUACACAUCAUUUAUUUAAAUCGAAGAAACAGAGCCGUUGUCCCUGGGAAUCGUUGGCUGCUGCUACCGAAUCAAAAACGAAGAAGCGCGACAACAACUCGUACUAGCACAACCUUGCGCAACAGGUGUUGCUUUUUCUCCCACGUCACUAACGCGACUGACUUGGACCGCAAGAACUCAACUAUCACCAUUGGCACCACUGGUUGUAACACCAGCAAGACGAGCAGCGAGACAAAGUUCCUGGAGAACGUGAACGAGGUUUUUUGGGCAGCUGGAAAGUGAAUCUGCAAACUACGACGGGAAUUUCUGUUUCGCAAUGUCUGCGAAAACCAGCUCCACCGCCCUCAAAUUGAGUAAGUCGCUAGAUGAACAAUAUUCCACCUGCUCCCAACAUCCAUGCGCAACAGAUUGUGUCAAGAGCUCAUGUAGUUGUAGCCUUUUAUUUUAAGAACUCAUGUUGUGGUCUACAAAUACAUUUUUCUAGUACUGUUUCUUUUCUGACAUGAUAAAUCCGAAUCAUUAUACCACAUUACUAAGCUAAAAAUCUCCUCAUCAGGGCUUCUGGCGCCGCGGCUGAACCUGAAGCGGCCGGCCAGUGGCAGCGGCGGCGAGGAAGGAGCAAAGAAUCCCAAGUUGGAGCCAGCCAAUGGGAGUUCGCGCUCGUCCACGUCCACAGGAAGCACGACCGGAUCUGCUUCCUGGCCAAUCGCCCCCACAGCGGGGCCAAAAAGCAUCGCCGGUGGUGGUCUUCCGCAAGAACACGAGGAAGUAGUGCCUUCGCAGCGGUUGGAGGAUGCUGGUGUCAGCAGUAGUUCCAUAUCGAAGAUGAAAACAACAGCGUCGGCCGCGAGCAGUAGCAGCAUCGCAGCAGCCGCAAGUCGAGACAUGACGCCAACAACGAGUAGUGGUAGUUCCUUGUAUGAUCUUUUGCCGCCACCAGACCCGGAGAAGGACGAAAAAUGCAACACGUACAUGCGCGAAAAGAACUGGUACGCAUCGGGUGAAAUGAAGAGGAUAGACCAACCGUCCAAGGUACAACUAGCUCGAUCAUGCAUAAUGCAGACCAGAAGAACCUCACCCUUUAGUUUUUUGCUGCUAUGGUGCUCGUGCUUCAAGAUUUCGUACGCAAUUCGUAUUCGACUAGUGAGUGGCCGCGAAUGAGUUCAAUAUAUCAUACAGGUGAUUUUUCUAGAUGUUGAUGGAGUUUUGAGGCCUGUCCGCAGAACGUUCGGCGUAAAUUGUGUAACGGUGGACGGCAUCCAGAUUCCGCUUUCCGGAGGAGACUUCGAGUUCAAGAGCGGAUCAUUGUCAGCACUCCGAUACAUACGAGAAAAAACAGGCGCGGUGCUUGUGUUAAGCAGUGAAUGGUACUUAUGUCGUCUAUUCCAAGAACAUCUUCGCGUCAUUCAUUCUUCGCAAUUACUGAAACAGCUUGCUUUAAUUUUCAACAGCAAAAAAUACAAAUCUAAAUUUCAUUUUCGGUGCCGCAGUCUCAGCUUGUUUUUAAGGCAAUCAUUUUUUUUUCCGUUGGUCAUUUGCAACACGUUCAUCUUCAUCCCAAAAAGGCGUCGGCAUCCGUCAUUGCGCGAGGAUCUGGACCGCGUGCUGAAACUGCAGAGGGUUUCCCCCGACGGCAUUAAGGAACAGACCACGACCGUGCUGGAACGGGCUCUUGGCACAGGUGACCCGGUGCGGAGUUUUGCGGACCGGAGAGCGCGCGAAAUCGGUGAGUAUUUGCGGGAUCACCCCCACGUGGAGCACUGGGUAGCCCUGGACGACAUCGACUUGAGCGUCGCGGACGAUUCUCCGCCCCCGCCGGCCGACCAGGUACGGGCCAAGAUGCGCGGCAACUUUAUUCGAACGGACGACCAGCGGUGUCUCUCGUUCGCCGAUGCGCAACGGGCGGUGUCGAUUCUGGACCGCCUAGGGGACGAAGGCGACGAACUUAGCCCGUAGGUCGGGGAGAGAGCUGUGCACUUGCCUGCGUCUAGGUAGUGACGGCGUCAUACAGCGUUCCGGGCGAACGCGGUCAACGAAAGGAAAAGCAUCCGCUUAUACAGUUUGGCGCACAACAUCAGACACGAACUAGAACAGCAAUAGCCGCUCCUAAAUAUAUCAAUCACAUUUCGAAUUUUCUUCAUGGACGUGG